GGGCCAUUUUAAGCAGCUCAGCUCUGAGCACACUCCCUGUCCUCCCGAGCCUUCUAACAGCAAAGUGAGACGAUGCUUGCUUGAGAGAAGACAAAUGUAAGGAGAGGACACAUUUAAAGAGGCUGGAGGGAAAUGGCCAGCAACCAGGUCAUCCUGGUUCUCUUCUGUGGAGCAAUCUGGAAGUCCCUUUCCACAGCAGCACCUGGACCCAGUUUACACCAAGCUGGCCCAGCACUGGCUGUUACAACACCUGCGGUGCCCACAGGAGAGGAAGAAGCUGGCGAUGGCAGUUGGGUAGCAGGACUGCUGAUUGGCAUCAUUUUGCUUGGUAUGAUAGUGGCAAUUCUUGUAAUUCUCCUGUGGAAAUGCAGCGUGAGGCCUGGGCCUGCUCUGGCCAAUUCCCACUGGGCAGGCCGCUCUCCCUUCGCAGAUGGAGACACUCCAGACCUCUUCCUGGACUCUGACCAGGACAACAAACGGUCAUCAGUUUUAUUCAUGCUGCCCUGGAAACUGAAACAAGGCCCAAACUUACAGCAGGAUCCCACUGGAUCAGAGAACCCAUCCCUCCACACUGCCAGCAACGACGAUGGGCAGCUGCCUCCCCCGGCAGGAACAGCAGCUCCCAGCACAGACCCACCUCCAGCUCCCUCCUCAGAAACACUGACCACUGCAGGGGACUCCUGUCCUCACCCAGACACUCCACCUGAGUCUCACGACCUGCCACCUCCACCGGACUGGCUCAGGGAACCCCCUGAGGAACCCAGCUCAGAUCCCAGCGAGCACUCAGCAUUUCCGUCGGCAGCGGAGGAACCACUGCCCCCAGCACCUGAACUCCUGAUUCAGGACAUUGAUGAACCACUGCCCCCAGCACCCGAGCUCCUUAUUCAGGACACUGAUGAACCACUGCCCCCAGCACCUGAACUCCUGAUUCAGGACAUUGAUGAACCACUGCCCCCAGCACCCGAGCUCCUUAUUCAGGACACUGAUGAACCACUGCCCCCAGCACCUGAACUCCUGAUUCAGGACAUUGAUGAACCACUGCCCCAGCCAGAACACCCUUUGGAGACUGCCACAAGUCAUUUACAGAAUACUCCACAUUCUUCUUAAACCAAGUAUUUUUCAAAUAAGUGAAAAAAGGAGAAGUUGAGGCAGGCAAGAACAGUGAGGCCACGGCACAGGCAUUUCCCUGGUGUUUCCCAACUUCAGCUUUCACAAGAGGAACAACCUGCUUCUGCCUGAAGCAAGUAAUUUCCAAAUCCAACACAAACCGUGCCCACUCAUCUCUUGCUGGAGAUUCUAGAGGUGGAGACUCCAGAAGGCAGAGUGCACAUGGCUGGGUGUGCCAGGAGAGACAGAUCCUCGUACCACACACAGGGAGAUGCAGCUCCCAGACAGCCUCCCAGGGACUCAGUUUUCCAAGCAGUGUCUGCUCCACUGGGCUGUGUAAGUGAAUGCAAUGAAUUCCAGUUCAUUUUAAUAAA